GAUGAUGCCAAGCCGCGGCGGAGCGUCCCAACCUCGCUUACGUGCGCAGCGCCCCGCCCGCCUUCCUCCCCAUCUUGUUCUGCACGCCCACCACACGCCGUGCUGCCACUCCUUCUUUCUGCCUCAUUCUCUCGUUCAACAUGGUCUACUUCACCGCCGUUACCGCCUCGCUCUUGUUGAGCACUCUCGUCUCCGCGCAGUCGGACGACAGCGCGCUCGGGAUUGCGGCCAUCAAGGCGCACUUCAGCAACGCCGGCCUCGUCCCCGCCCUCCUGGAGACGUUCGAGCCGCAGGGCACGCUCACGUUGAACUUCGAUGGCGUUGGCGACAUCCAGCCCGGCCAGGCGCUGAGCAAGGAUCAGGUCGCCAGCGCGCCCACCUUGACCGUCGCAACCUCCAACUCGUCCGCCACGUCCGGCAGCUUUACCGUGGCGAUGGUCGACGCUGACAUCGUCGGCGCGGACGACUCGCAGGUUACCCGCCACUGGCUCGUGAACAGCGACACCAUCCAGGACAACAAGGUUGACCACUCGUCCGCCAACACGAUCACCGACUACGCUGGCCCUGGUCCCGCGGAGGGCUCUGGCGCUCAUCGUUACGUGGUGCUUGUGUACUCGCAGCCCGAGGACUUCUCGCCCCCGCAGGAGCUUUCCCAGCCCGGUGCGGCCGUCGAGAAGUACGACUUCAAGUCGUACGUGUCUGACAGCAAGCUUGGUGACCUUCUCGCUGCCAACUACUUCACGGUCGAGGCGGGCACCUCUACGGUUACCGUCUCCGAGACGUCUGCUGUCGAGUCGAGCACGCUUUCUGCUGCGUCGUCGACAGGCUCCGGCUCCGGCUCUGACUCUGCUUCGGCUACUUCCACUGGUGAGGAUGCCGCGAGCACCGACUCGAACGGCGCUGCUUCGUUCGCGACUAGCGGCGGUCUAGUGUCCAUGGCAGUUUCUGGCCUUGUUGCCCUCGCCAUGGCGUAAAUGAAAGAUCUGGUAGAGCACGGACUCUCGUACCGCGUAUACUUAUUGUAGUGUGCCCGCAUAAUUCAGUACACUGGUUUCGGACUUG